CGAAUCGGAUCUUUGUCGUACACAUAAUAUAAGACGAAAAUCCUUUCCGACUGUAUUUAGUCUAACAAAACUAUUGGGAGCAUGAAGCUUUACGUGAAGAUACUUUACGGAGUCCUGGUGGCUACGUUAUUUCACAAUGCAAUCGCCAUUACCGGGCCCGAAGUGCAGAAGCUGAAGGAUUUCUUACAAAUAAUGAUGAAAAACGAGCAAGUCCUUCCACAAACGAAGUCUCAGCUGUGUUUAGCUCUUCAGAUCAUUUCACAAGCCGAAAAUACCCCCCAAAUGGUGACACUGAUACGAGUCAUUGUGGACCUCAUGAAGCUCUGUGAUCGUCCGAGAGGACCACUCUAUCCCUUAACACUGCAGCCGGGUGCCUAUUGCCCAUCACAAGGGGCCUACUGUGUGGGAAGUGUCUACUGUCCUCCAGGUAACAGUUGCCCACGGGAUAAUUGUGAAGGACCUGCAACAGUCAUUCCUGGAGGGCCCGGAGUUGUUCGUCCGGACGGACAACCCCCACUACUGCCGCCCGGAGCCAGUUGCCCAACACCAGCAGGAGCCUAUUGUGAGGGAGGUGUCUACUGUCGUCCCGGUAGCAGUUGCCCACUGCGCGAUGGAGGAGGAAGAGGAGUCAUUCCUGGAGGGCCCGCAGUUGUUCUUCCGGGCGGACCGCUCCGACUACUGCCGCCCGGAGCCAGUUGCCCAACACCAGCAGGAGCCUACUGUGAGGGAGGGGUCUACUGUCGUCCCGGUAGCAGAUGCCCACUGCGUGAUGGGGGAGGAAAAGGAGUUAUUCCUGGAGGGCCCGGAGUUGUUCGUCCGGGCGGACAACUCCCACUACUGCCGCCCGGAGCCAGUUGCCCAACACCAGCAGGAGCCUACUGUGAGGGAGGGGUCUACUGUCGUCCCGGUAGCAGUUGCCCACUGCGUGAUGGAGGAGGAAAAGGAGUCACUCCUGGAGGACCCGGAGUUGUUCGUCCAGGCGGACAACUCCCACUACUGCCGCCCGGAGCCAGUUGCCCAACACCAGCAGGAGCCUACUGUGAGGGAGGGGUCUACUGUCGUCCCGGUAGCAGUUGUCCAUUGCGUAAUGGGGGAGGAAAAGGAGUUAUUCCUGGAGGGCCCGGAGUUGUUCGUCCGGGCGGACAACUCCCACUACUGCCGCCCGGAGCCAGUUGCCCAACACCAGCAGGAGCCUACUGUGAGGGAGGGGUCUACUGUCGUCCCGGUAGCAGUUGCCCACUGCGUGAUGGAGGAGGAAAAGGAGUCACUCCUGGAGGACCCGGAGUUGUUCGUCCAGGCGGACAACUCCCACUACUGCCGCCCGGAGCCAGUUGCCCAACACCAGCAGGAGCCUACUGUGAGGGAGGUGUCUACUGUCGUCCUGGUAGCAGUUGUCCAUUGCGUAAUGGGGGAGGAAAAGGUGUUAUUCCUGGAGGGCCAGGAGUUGUUCGUCCGGGCGGACAACUCCCACUACUGCCGCCCAUGGAACCAACUCCUUCACCAAGUGAUUCAUCCGACAGAAUAAUUAACCAAAAUAUGAAUGAAAUCAUUAUUAAAGCUUUAGAAUUACAAAAAGGUAAGAAGGCCGAUAUCCAAAAAAGGCGCAAGAAUGAAGGGAAGAACGUUAUCCAAAAGAUCGCAAGGAGUUCCGUAUCGAUAUACAGUACCGAAUGCGUUAUGGUACAGAUUGUGAGAGAAAUGUUAAUACAUUUAAGUCUCGAAGAUUAGAACGCUUACAAAAUCAAAAUGUCCAGAAACUAGAACAAGCCAUUUUAGUGUAUUGAACUGAAGGUCAAAGUGGAAAUUCAAAAUUUAAAAUAUAAAAAAAUAAAAUUCCAACUUAAAAAGCGUUUCUAUUAA